UGAAACUUCUCUCCUCAUCACAGCAAGCUAGUUACGGCCGUGGUUGUCGGACACAGGUGGUAUAGUUUUAGAUCAAGCCUAACUGAAGGAUGGGCUCAUUGAGGAUGCUAGCUUGUGGUCUGCUACUGGGGUUGAACUUGGCGCUGCUGGUCUUGGAGACUGAUGGACAAGAAAGCGGAAUGAAAAAGGUGAAAAAGCAGGUGUCGGGCCGGGGCCCUGUCAACCUUGCCCACCAACAGAGAGGAACCUGGAGGCCUCUGAUGCAGACCAGAGCCAACCUCUCAGAGGUCAAAAGUAUCAAGUCUAUGUUUGAGUUACGGACUUUGGAUCCGGAGGGGGCAGUUUUUUAUGGGGACACCAACGCAGGAGAGGACUGGUUUGUCUUCUCUCUGAGGAACGGCAUCCCUGAGAUGCAGAUUGCCAAAGCAGACAUCCUUGUUAGUGCGAUAGGCGGGCCCAAACUGAACGACGGCCAAUGGCAUCAGCUGGGCCUGAGCAAUGAGGGGAAGUUUGUGAUCCUGGAGGUGGAUGGGAAGCAGGCUCUGGUGGUGGGCCUGGAGUCCAACAAGACGGAGGAGGUUAUGACGGGACAGAUACGCCUGGCCCUCGGAGGGAUCCUGGUCGAUGAGAAGAAGCUGGUCAAUCCGUUUGUGGCAGAGAUGGACGGCUGUGUGCGGGAGGGCAACUGGCUGAACCUUACCUCACCAUGGGAGACCGAGGAGGUUGGAGACCUCAUGCCUUGCUUUGAUGCCAUCAAACCAGGGACUUUCUUCUCUGGGGCUGGUCUCUCUGUCUUCAGAACCUCCGAAAUCCCCAUUGGGUCAGAGGAAAAAGGGAUCAAUAUUGACAUCUGGGCAGAGUCAUCAAAUGAAAUGCAGGGAGCCAUUCUUAACCUCCGUAAUGAUGAGCAAGGGUCCAUUUUUUCAGUGAGAGCCAACAACAUAACCAAGGAACUCACACUAACACUGGGCAAAUCUUCAACCGUUUUGAAAUUGGGCUUCAACAAACUAUCCAUUAACAUGCUGAAGGACAGAGUAAGAGUGUCUCUUGAUGACAUUUUAUCAAGGGCCAUUGAAACACCAGACUAUUUGGCCAGCUGGAAAGCGGGUAUAUUCCUUAGUUUUGGGGGAAUUCCAGAUGAAGGGGAUGAUUUUCAUGGCUCCCAGUACCUCCAUGGCUGUAUAGAAAAGAUCCAAAUUCAGGGGAAGGAUGUUGAUUUGGACACAGCCAUGUACAAGCACAUCUCUAUCUCCUCCCAUAGCUGUCCUGCAUAAAACCAGUGCAAAUGUGGAUAUCUGAUAGCUUUGGUGCAUCUCUGCUCCUGCUUUCCCACUACUUGGUGAUAUAGGCCAGGGAUGGAUACAGAUACAACCAGGUACACUUGUCUUUGUUGAGUCAAGAUGUCUAAGCUUCGUAAACGUUUAAUUUCCCUUGUCAAUAAAGGUUUGAUAUGCAUGUUGAAUAAAGUCUGGUUUGCAUGUACAACUAA